CACCUGGCUGGGUUUCCCCAGCCACUCUGGGCGGCUUCCAACAGAAUAUUAAAAUACAAUAAUCUAUUAAACAUUAAAAGCUUCCCUAAACAGGGCUGCCUUCAGAUGUCUUCUAAAAGUCUGGUACUUGUUUUUCUCUUUGACAUCUGGUGGGAGGGCGUGACAUAACCCUCAUAAUGGAGUGAUAGCAAAAUGACAGCAAUAUUCUCAAUAUGGAGCAUGGCUGGGAUUCUUCACCAUUGUUUCAAAUGGCAAUUGGAUGGGCAAGUUAUAUGCCAUCUGCUCAAAAAGUACUCUGGAAUGUAAGUGAUUACUGCAGUAUUAGUAGUCAGAUUUGACAAAUAAAGGAUGAAACUCUGGCCUCUUUUAGUCAACGUUGUAUCUUUUUUUAGUAUAGUCCUAUUUUGAGGACUAUUUUGAGUAUCAUUUUCAACUGACAUUAAACAGGAAAUCACUCAUAACCAGUGUUCAAAACUCCUAUUGUUUUAGGCGCAUUUUGCAACAGGCAAUUUCAUUAGCGCGAGCAGUUUCUGAGUUCUGGGCUCAGUACUGCACCUAAGAUUUCAGAUUAAAACUGCAGAGUGAAAGGAAAGGGAGAACCUUUUUCUGCCUCUCCAUUCCCAACCACUCUCUGAAGACUGGAGAAGAGACCCUCUUAAGAAUAUUAGGGGGGUAACUCUUCCAGGUUAGUGGAGUUUGUAACCUGAAGCAUUUGUAACCUGAGGCGUUUGUAACUCGAGGUACCACUGUAUUGGAUAGUUACAGCACCUGCUGUGGCUGUAGAGACCGAUAUGGGAGAGAUGGGUUUUGUUGCAGCUGUGGCAUAAGAAGGCGUCAGGUUGUGUUGAUGCAGGUGUAACAUGGCAUUUAUUCUUUCUGCACUCCUCCCAGCGGUCAUUCUUCCUCUUGUCACUGCUGUGGAUACACAACCUGAUUGUCUCAGGCACUGCAGUAGUCUGUAAGGGAUUCCCACAUGGUGGGGUUAAUGUUGCCAGCCUUCAUGUCACUUUUGCAGACAUCUUUGUAACACAGAGUUGGUCUGCCAAAGAACCUGGUGCCUGAAGCCAGUUCCCCAUAGAGCACAUCCUUGGGGAUUGUGCCAUCUUCCAUCCUGUGAACAUGACAAAGCCAACGUAGACAUAGCUGAGGCAGGAGUAUGAACAUGUUGGGAAUAAUAAUAAUAAUAAUAAUAAUAAUAAUAAUAAUAAUAAUAAUAAUAAUAAUAAAUAUAUUAUUUAUACCCCACCCAUCUGGCCGGGUUCCCCCAGCCACUAUGGGCGGCUUCCAACAAAACAUUAAAAUACAGAAAUCCAUCAAACAUUAAAAGCUUCCCUAAACAGGGCUACCUUGAGAUGCCUUCUAAAGGUCUGGUAAUUGUUGUUCUCUUUGACCUCUGGUGGGAGGGCAUUCCAUAGGGUGGGUGCCACUACCGAGAAGGCCCUCUGCCUGGUUCCCUGUAACUUGGCUUCUCGUAGCGAGGGAACCGCCAGAAGACCCUCGGCGCUGGACCUCAGUGUCCGGGCAGAACGAUGGGGGUGGAGACGCUCCUUCAGGUAUACUGGACCGAGGCCGUUUACGGCUUUAAAGGUCAACACCAACACUUUGAAUUGUGCUCGGAAACAUACUGGGAGCCAAUGUAGGUCUUUCAGGACCGGUGUUAUGUGGUCUCGGCGGCCGCUCCCAGUCACCAGUCUAGCUGCUGCAUUCUGGGUUAGUUGUAGUUUCUGGGUCACUUUCAAAGGCAGCCCCACGUAGAGCACAUUGCAGUAGUCCAAGCCAGAGAUAACUAGAGCAUGCACCACUCUGGCGAGACAGUCCGCGGGCAGGUAGGGACUCAGCCUGCGUACCAGAUGGAGCUGAUAAACAGCUGCCCUGGACACAGAAUUGACCUGUGCCUCCAUGGACAGCUGUGAGUCCAAAAUGACUCCCAGGCUGCGCACUUGGUCCUUCAGGGGCACAGUUACCCCAUUCAGGACCAGGGAGUCCUCCACACCCGCCCGCCUCCUAUCCCCCACAAACAGUACUUCUGUCUUGUCAGGAUUCAAUCUCAAUCUGUUAGCUGCCAUCCAUCCUCCAACCGCCUCCAGACACACAGGACCUUCACCACCUUCACUGGUUCUGAUUUGAAAGAGAGGUAGAGCUGGGUAUCAUCCGUAUACUGAUGAACACCCAGCCCAAACCCCCUGAUGAUCUCUCCCAGCGGCUGCAUAUAGAUGUUAAAAAGCAUGGGGGAGAGGACAGAACCCUGAGGCACCCCACAAGUGAGAGCCCAGGGGUCCGAACACUCAUCCCCCACCACCACUUUCUGAACACGGCCCAGGAGGAAGGAGUGGAACCACUGUAUGACAGUGCCCCUAGCUCCCAAGCCCUCUAGACGGUCCAGAAGGAUGUUAUGGUCGAUGGUGUCAAAAGCCGCUGAGAGAUCCAGCAGAACUAGGAAACAGCUCUCACCUUUGUCUCUAGCCUGCCGGAGAUCAUCAACCAGUGAGACCAAGGCAGUUUCAGUCCCAUGAUGAGGCCUGAAUCCCGACUGGAAGGGAUCCAAAUAGUCCGCUUCUUCCAGGCGUGCUGGAGUUGUUCAGCAACCACUUGCUCAAUCACAUUGCCCAGGAAUGGAAGAUUUGAAACUGGGUGAUAGUUGGCCAUAUUGGCCGCAUCUAAAGACAUUUUUUUAAGAAGUGGUUUAAUAACCGCCUCUUUCAGCGGGUCUGGGAAGGCUCCCUCACAGAGAGAAGCAUUCACCAACCCGCGAAGCCCAUCGCCCAGCCCUUCCCAGCUAGCUUUUAUAAGCCAGGAUGGGCAAGGGUCAAGGAGACAGGUGGUUGGUUUCACUCGUCCAAGCAGCCUGUACACAUCCUCGGAGGUAACAGAUUGGAAUUGAUCCCACACAACUUGACUAGACAGGACUCUAGCACUCCCCCGCCCCGGCCCUGCUCCCACGGUGGAGUCUACCUCUUCCCGAAUCUGAGCGACUUUAUCUGCAAAAAACUUUGCAAAAUCCUUGCAGGAGAUAAUGUGGCCCGUACUGGGCCCGGAUGGAGCAGGUGGUUCCGCUAAAUUGCAAACCACCUGAAAGGGUCUCCUGCUGCUGUUUUCUGCAGAUGCGAUAGAAACGGUGAAGAAGGUCCUCUUCGCCAUUGCCACUUGGUAGGCUCGAAGUUGAGCUCUACCCCGUGUCCAGUCUGAUUCAGAAUGAGUUUUUCGCCACUGGCGGUCUAGCCGUCUCAAUGACUGUUUCAUCGCCCUCAGCUCUGGGGAAAACCAGGGGGCUGUCCGGGCUCAAUGCAAUCGGAGAGGGCACUUCGGAGCCAGACAGUCAAUAGCCCCGGUUAACUCUGCAUUCCAGCGGGCCACCAGGGAAUCAGCUGAAAGGCCAUCAACAUGGGAUAAAACAUCCCCUACCACUCUCUGGAAGCCAAUUGGAUUCAUUAAGUACCGGGGGCGGACCACCCGAAUCGGUCCCACCUCCCUGCAGAGGGGAAGGGUUGCGGAGAAGUCCAGUUGCACCAGAAAGUGAUCUGACCAUGGCACUUCUUUUGUUUCGCUUUUACUUAAUGUCAGAUCUCCAACAUCCAUAGAGGUAAACACCAGGUCCAAGGCAUGUCCGCGGCUAUGAGUUGGGCCUCAGGGACAGCUCCAUGGAGGCCAUGCUUUCCACGAAGUCCCGAGCGGCUCCUUGUAAGGUCGUGUUGGCAUGGAUGUUAAAAUCCCCUAAGACAACCAAGCUAGGUGUCUCCAGGAGCACAUCCGCCACGACCUGAAGCAGCUCGGGCAGGGAAUCCUUGGUGCAGCGGGGAGGUCGGUACACCAAAAGGAAUCCUGUACUGCCCCUAUUGCCCAGCUUCCAGAACAUGCACUCAGAAAACCCGGUCUUACCAAUAGGACGCCUGGUGCAAACUAAUGACUUCCUAAAAAUCACUGCAACCCCCCUCCCCGCCCAGAUGGCCUGGGUUGCUGUGCGUAAGAGAAACCUGGUGGACAAGCAGCGGCAAGGACAGGCCCAUCUGCUUCAUCCAACCAGGUCUCUGUCACACAUGCCAGGUCAAAUCCUCCAUCCACAAUCAGGUUGUGAAUGGCAAUGGUCUUAUUCAUCAUUGACCUGUGCACACACACACCCCCUGUGGAAUCUGCCCCAGCCAUUUUGCUGGCUGGGACCCCCUCCCGGAAUGUGGGCUUGGGAGAACACAUCAUUGUUUGAGAUUCUGUCCUGCCAUGUGAUGCCCAAAAUCUUUCUGAGGCUGCACACAUGGAGGGCAUUAAAGCAUUGCUCCUGGCAGGACUAAGUUGCUCACGUCUCACUACAAUGAAGCAGUGUGCUCAACAUUCAAGCCUGGUAGACCUUCAUCUUGGUAUUGGUCAUUAGCAUCACAUUCUCCCAUGCCAUUCUGGAGAAAACACAGCCCUGUUCCACACUGCUCUUUAUAGGGAAGGCAUCCAAGGAUGAGCUGUCAUAGUGCUACACAUGUUUUUGUGCUACACAUGUUUUUGUGAAAGGACAACCAUCUUGUGGAGCUUAGGUGGGCAUCCUAUCAUAUUGAGUAAUGAAGUGUCCUUUUCGGUUGACAAUGUCAAAGACCUUUGUCAGGUCUUUGGAGGUGAUGUGCAAGGGGCGACUCUGCUUUUGGCAUUUCUCCUGCAGCUGACACAGUGUGAAUAUCAUGUUGACCCCUGAGCUUUAAACCGGCAUUGUAACUCAGGAUAAACCCUGUCAGUGAGUAACUGUAAUUUGUUGAGAACUACAUGGGCGAAGACUUUGCCCACAAUACUCAGGAGGGAGAUUUUUCAGUAGUUGUUGCAUUCAUAGUGGUAACUUUGUUAUUGUAGAGGGCCGGAAUGUUGAAGUCGCACUUGUCUUGUGGCACGGAUCCUGUUUCCCAGCACUGCAAGGGAAGGCCGUGGAGGUGCAUCAUGAGAGAGGAGUUGAAGCUGGCUUUCAGCACUUCAAUUGAGAUUGCGUCCUGUCCUGGGGCUUUAUCACAUGCCUGAUAGUUAAGAGAGGGAGGGACAUCCAGCUCUUCCAAAGACAGGAAGAGUCUUGAUGCUGUCAACCGCUGUGUCAGCAAUCAUGUUUUUCUGCAAGUACCGUUCUUGAUAGUGCUCAUCUGCUUGCUGCAGUUUGUGAUGAUCUCUCCAGACAAGGUUUUCAGUGGUACAGUUUUCCUGACUAUUGGUCCAAAGGCUUUCUUCAUGCCUUCAUACAUUUUGCAAGUGAGUUGAAUGCUCUGACACAGCUUUAGCCAGCAAUCAUUGGCAUACCAUCUGGCAAUCCUCUGGGCAUCACUCCUUGCCUUUCUCAGUGCAGACUUUAAACGGGAAUAAAAAAUUUCCUUUCAGUAGCACCUUAGAGACCAACUAAGUUUGUCAUUGGUAUGAGCUUUCGUGCGCAUGCACACUUCUUCAGAUACCAUGCACAUGAAAGCUCAUACCAAUGACAAACUUAAUUGGUCUCUAAGGUGCUGCUGGAAGGAAAAAUUUUAUUUUGUUUCGACUACGGCAGACCAACACUGCUACCUACCUGUAAUUUAAACAGGAAAUCACUCAUAACAUGAUGGGAUAGUCAUUACAAUUUUCCGUGGUUGAAGGAAACACCUUAAAGUGACUUCCGAUGCUAAUAACACCUUGUAAUUGAAGGAGUGUGAAUAGCUGCAGUAUAAAGAACAGAUUAAUGAAAGAACUUAGUCAUGCAUGACUAUUUAGAUGAGAAUCCAACUAACUUUUCAGAAGCCAUGUCAAGCAGCAGCUUUCCACAAAGAAAGCCAACUGGAACCUGUGUUUUGGUAUAACAUGCCAAAAGGGUGGGGUAUAAUUUUAAUAAUAACCAAUAAAUAAUAAAAUAAAAUAAUAUGAUGAAUUAAGUUGCAUAGUGUGGUGUUGUUUAUUUCUGGUAUUGUUCACAAUUACUUGUGUUUAGUUAUUAAGCAGAAAUAUCUGGCAUAGCUUUCUAUUGGCAUAAUAAUCUUUGUGUUGUUGAGCUACACUCUCUUUAACUCAGUUGAGCCUUUGGAAGGACUGAAGUUGAAGAAAAAAUCAACCUCAAAAUUUUGAAAAGCUUCUCAGCUUAUUUGGUUAUCUACAUUUAUCUCAAGAGGAGAAGAUUGAAGACCUCUAAGAAGCGAAGACUUCCUUAUUUCGGGGUGGGGUGGGGUAGAUUGUGUGCAUGUGUAUAUUCUUUUCAGGAAUUAUUAGACUGAUGAUUCUGCUUUUGAUGUAGAAGAAAACAGGAAAUACUGAAAUAACAUUCUUAACAAGGAAGUAAAAAAAGGAGGGUUCUCCCCACAAACAAUUUUACAAAUGUUCUGUUUACUGUUUUAUUUGGGCUGAUUGUUCUGGAUAGAUCCUUAUGACAAAGCAUGUUUAGAUGUUUUCACAUCAGCCCCAAAGACAAAAGUGAGUGGGUGGGAAUUGCAAAUGUUAGCCAGCACAUGGUACCUUAUCUAGAAAUGGUCACUUCUGACCUGGGCCAUGUAAACAACUCUCCAGUAUCUGAAAGAACCAGCAGAGGGCAGAAUUAAGUUUUCUCCUGCUCCCUAAUGAAAUGAGAAUAUGUUUGUCCCUUAGUAUGCUUUGGUCAAAAUGCUCAUAACAGGAAAAUAUUCUCAAAAGCUUCUGGUGUGUUUUAUUUAAAUAUUUCUUAUUAUUCCUCUUCAAAAAGUGAUUCCUGGGUGGUAUACAGUUGAAUUGAAAAAUAUGCAUAAAUUGCAUAUACAGUACAACACAUCAUAGAAAAAAGAGCAAGUAACAGCAUUUGAAAAUCCUGUGUAUCUGAAGAAGUGUGCAUUGGUAUGAAACCUCAUACCAAUGACAAACCUAGUUGGUCUCUAAGGUUCUACUGGAAGGAUUUUUUUUAUUUUUUUUCGACUACAGCAGACCAACACGGCUACCUACCUGUAACUGAAAAUCCUGAGUUAACUUUGCUUUUUAAAAAGUUUUAACCUGGAACCUAAAAAAUAGUAUUGGAUGCCUCCUUAGGGUUUCACCAUGUCCUGCUACUAAUUUUAAACCCCUUUUAAAAAAGAAAAUCACAUUUUUAAAAUAAUUGUUACAUGCUUCCAGUGUUAGUGAAAAAUUCCUACAGAUGUCUGAAUAGAAUUCACUUUAGGUAAAGAUGGUGAAAGAUGUGGGAGUGUGAAUUGCAGCAAACAUGUACCUAAAUGUACCUUCACAGCUCUGUGUGUUCUAGAGAGGUUCCUGUCUGUGUGUCACAUUUAGCAAGUUCUCUUAUUUCUUGGAGAUUUAUAUAUCCACUGUUUUCUCUGGGUGUGAUGUAGUGAUCUACCUCCAUACAUACUUGUAGUGAUCAAAUGAGGCAUAAUUGGGGGGGGUAGGUGGGUGAGCUGCCCAAGUUGCUGUUUUAAGCAUUCACACAGUAGAUCAGUAGAUCAGCAAUAGUUUGCUCUGUCUCCUAAAUCAGGGUGGUCCAACACAUGGCCCAAGGGCCGCAUGCAGCCUUCAAGGCCUUUUGAGGCAGCCUUCAAGGCCUUUUGAGGUGGCCUUCAGCGACAUUUGAUGUUCCACAGCAGCCCUUGCACCGCCUUCCCAAAGCUGGGUAAGAAUGCCAUUGGGCUUUGGGAAGGAGUCACAAGGCUCUGACAGGGUUCUAGAGUCCACCUUCCUCCUUCCCAAAGCCUAGUUAAUGUUUUCCCAGCUUUGGGAAGGAGGUAGCAGGGUACUAGGACCCUACCAGAGUCUUGCGCCUCCUUGCCAAAGCCCAGUGCCAACAUCAAAUUUUGGCUUCACUAUCCCCUCCACCAUGCAGCAAGGCAGUGUGCAGCCCAUGGGUUAACGUUGAAGGACUCCUGCACGCCACUUAGUAAGAAAGUUGGCCCACCUUGUCCUAAAGGGAUUUCCUGGUGUAAAUCAUCAUAACACUAUAAAUCACUAGGAAGUUCCCAUUUCAAAUCUCUCUGUAGACAUCAGGUCAAUAGGCAAACUUAGGCAAACUGCUCACUCAGCCUCCACUGCUGAUAAGCAAUAUGAAUACAUAUUUGUGUAUGUAUUAUAGUUCUUUUAAAGAGUGUAUUGUUUUAUAUUUUAUUGAAGGCUUUGUAAAGUCUGGAUUGAGCUUUUUAAAAAUUUCCUUGUCCAUCACAGCUAUCAUGCUGCCUUGAAUUAUUUUUGUUUGCAUGCUUGAGUCAUGGAAAUUUAUCUAAUGUUUGGCUACAUUUAUAUAAUGGAUCAUAUUUUAAAACAUGUCAACAGUUUAUGACCAGACAAGAGGCCCAUGCUGAGAAAAAUCUGGACUUAAUUAUAUAAAGCUAACUGAGUCUCAACAGGUGUGUCUAACAAUCUACUUCUAACAAAAUUUUGGGCCCCUGUGGGACUGCUUUCUCUGCCUCUGAGAACAUAAUUUUUUUGGUUCUACUGACCUUUCAGAACUCAAGUUCGUCAGUGAGGAGCUUCUUGUAAAAUAUGUCAGUUUAUUACACUUGAAUCUAUCAACCUUUUCUUUAAUACUCGUUUGAAGAAAACGUUUGUUCUAGUAUAAGAAGUUAGGAUAAACUAGUAUUUUCUAAACUAAUAAAUUAGUAAUCUACUACUGUAAAUCCUAAUAUACAAUUUCAGUAUAUUUUGUCUCAAGUUCACUGCAAAAAAAAAAUUGUGUACUGGUGCUUUUAUUUUACAAAGCUGAUUAGCAAUCCCCAUUUAAGUAGUACAAUACAAUGAACGGUAAGGCUGUAUCUGAAUCAACCCUAACUCUCAUUUGAAGGGAGGGACUGGAGAAGUAGGCACACUAGUAAUUUUGGACAAAACUUCCUUUCAUUUGGUAUCACCAAUGGAUUAUUGAAAUAAAUCAUUUUUGUAAAGAAACAAAACAAAGCUAAGGGUCCUGAUUACCAAUGGGAGAGCCAUUGACCAGCCCAAGUGGGCAGAUUCACACUGAGGUCCAGCUCCGAGGGCCUUCUGGCUGUUCACUCACUGCAAGAAACGAAGUUAUAGGGAAGCAGGCAAAGGGCCUUCUCUGUUGUGGUGCCUGCCCUGUGGAACACCCUCCCAUCAGAUGUCAAGGAAAUAAACAACUAUCUGACUUUUAGAAGACAUCUGAAGGCAGCUUUCUGUAGGGAAGUUUUUAAUGUCUGAUGUUUUAAUGUAUUUUUAAUAAAUAAAUAGAUACCCCAUGCUUCCUGGUUCAGAACUAUUUUGUUGGACGCCACCCAGAGUAUCUGAGAAGAGUGAUGGGUUGCUUUUGAAAGAAAAAUAGUCAAAGGGUGUAGUCCACCUGAAAGUUCUCCUGCACACAACCCAUUCAUUUCAAUGGUACUUGCAGAAGUUAUCUUCAAAAAUUCCACUGUGUGCUCCUAAAGUAGCUCUUUGAUUGUGCUUAAGUAGUAUCUCAUUUUUAAAAUAACCAGAAAAAUAAGAAAUCUUUACUUAUAUUUGUUACCAGAUUUGUUUCCCUUUUUCUGAUAUCCAAUUAAUAUGGGGCAGCAGGAAAUUAAAUUACCAAACUGAGUGCAUGUUUAACUGUUGGAGAUGAUGAGUAAUUUAUUGUCUGCAACCUUGUUCUCCUGCCAUCAUGUCUGCAUACAGCAAAGCUGUCACAAUAUUUAUGCAGGGUUUUUGGUUCAAACACUCUCUUUGGGGUUGCAGCAUACAAUAUUGAAUGGUAUGAAUAAUAAUAAUAAUAAUAAUAAUAAUAAUAAUAAUAAUAAUAAUAAUAAUAAUAAUAAAGCCUUAGGUCUCUGCAUGAAAAAUACCUGCUGCUUGCAGAGUCAGCUGGUGGUGUUUCUGUUGCUAAUAGGAGGGGCCUAAGGCCAAAGUACAAGAGGGUAUGUGUUUUGCAAAACACCAUCAAGACUUGGAUCUCAAAAAAUCAUUUACUUGGGUUAAGUCAGCAAGGCUAGUAAUGCCAGGUUAAGGACAGUGUCAUACAUUCCAUUUAUUUUACCCUGUUCCCGAUGCUAUUUUCUAGAAAAAGAGAUGUUGAAGCUCACCAUCCGGGAUAACCUGGGCUUAUAUUUUGUCCGGAAACUCACUUUUGGGAAUAUGGCAACCCUAUGUGCCACAGUUGCCCGGAUAUGAUUAGUAGUAGGAACACUGGAGCCACUAAGACCAUUAGAGAGUGCAUUAAAUCUUGAGCUAGGUAAUCUUACCUUUGGUAUAAAAAGUAUAUAUAUUGAAAAGGAAAUUCGUUUUACCAUUUGCACCGUGAAUUUCUGUUUGAAGAUCUGCAGACCCACUGUUGAACAACUCCUUGACCCCUAAACUUGAGAGAGGAGCAACAGCCUUCUAGUGCUGUCAGGAUUUGCUACAGAACUAGCAAUUCAUGUGCAGCAUGUUCUUUACCAGAGAUCAGCUGGGGUGGGGGAAGGGACUGAAGGCUUUAUUGCACAAGGGUGUAAUUAAUGGCCUGUUGGUGAGGAACAAACUGUACGUCUCCCUAGUACACCUUCUUUCCCAGGGAACUGAUGACUUUAUUUGCAGAUCAUCUUGCGACCUUCCUUAGGAUAUAAAUAUGCUGCAGGCCAUAUUAGAAAUGAGCAGAAGAGAAGCAAAUAGGAACAGAUUAAGAGCAGCUGGUCUGAAAGUCCCAAAGAAUGGAAGUUUCAGAAGACAAGGCAAACUUGGCUUCUUUUACACAUGUAUGAAAAAGACAAGGUCCCUGAUGAAUAUUUUUCCAUUUUGCUGCGGUACCUUGAAGGACUCCAAGGCAGUGCGCGAGACGUAACUGUGCAGAAAGCAGAAGCUGUCAUGAAGGAAUAUGACAAUUCUGAAAGAGAAGAUUCAAGCCAACUGGAGAAAUGUGAGCGGAUCCGAAAAGUUCUACAGUUGUUAUCAUGAAAACAUCAUCCUAUCAAGCCUUCCCACACCCAUAUAUCUGCAUUUUAUUACAGGACCAGAGCUGAAUAUAGUUCCUAGCCUUUAAACAGUUCUGUGAAAUUCAAACUCUCUUUCAAAAGCAGUAUUUCCCCCCAUCUUUGUCCUCUCUCUUUUAAAGCAAAUUUCUUCCAGUAUUGCAAAGGUGAUGAAAAAUACGUAAUCCGUAUUAAAACAGCAGCAACAACAAGACUUUGACUCCUACCGGUAUUUUUCUGCUCUUCUUUUGGGAACUAUUUCCUUUAGCUUUUUCCUACAUAUUAUUAAGGGUUUUGCAUCUGUUAGUGGCAAUUCGCUCCAUAAUAAUGGUUUUAAACCCAACUGAAAUGAUUAACUUCCAUUGAAGCAGCUGAAAUCUUUAAUUGCUUGAGGCGUCUUUUGUCUGUUAACUGCUGGUUUCAUUACUCAACUUGUAGACAAAGUUGAAGGUCUGGAAGUUGUUGGCUUAUGUUGGUCUUCCUUCAUUUUUUUUGAAAGUUUUAUUUUAAUCAGCAACCACAAAAUAGUGCUGAAAUGCACACAACUGUAAGAACAACAAUUAUGAGAAGUUUACAGUAAAAUAGACAAAAUAUCAUUACAAUUGCAAAGUACAUUUCAGCAAGGCUUACAAAGAACCAUAAAGCACAAAAGUAAUUGUACUGUAUUUAAGAAUGCUCUAAGCAUUAUUUUAAGCCGACAGCCGACAGGCUUCCAGAUAAGGUACUGUUUUGAAGAUCUUCCUCAGAUGAUAAAUAUCACCUCAAAAACAUUUCAAGGCCCUGAUUGCAGUUUUCAACUGGGAGGACUUCAGGAAUUUUUUUCUCCAAGAAGUUACUCGAUUCCCAGAGGAUAAUACCACUUCAAGGGUCCAAAAUUCUGGCAGAUUUUUAUUUUAAUUACCUACAUGCUCAUGUGAGAUAACAAAAUCCUGGACUCUUUCAUGUGUUAUGAUCAAUAAAAGGAUACAUUGUUGCCAUUUUGGUGCAUACCUGG